AUGCAAUUAAAAACUAAGCUAUUGCUAACUUAAUUGAUCUUGUCCAAUUUAAUUAGUUUGAUAAGGUCAGGAAGCUAAGAAACCAAAGAUUUGAUGACGAUUACUCUAAAUUCAAUUGGAUUGUUAUUGGAUUUAAUCAUUUUUUGUUCGGAAUAUGCAAAACAAAAAUAAAACCUUAUUAACAUUUAGAUUCAAAUAAACAUUAUUGUGUAACUGGAAACACUCUUUUACGAUGUCUAAAACACCAAUAAUUACUUCACUGUCAUAUACCUGCUAUUAAUGCAAAUUGAUUUGAAAAAAUAACAUCAAUGCUACUAAUUUUUAACUCAUACGAUCUGCUUAUAUGUUUUUACUCGACUCGCUGCCUAAUUCUAUGUGUAAUUUACUACUUCCUAGUUUAUUCUCUUUGUUCUUUGGUAACCCCUUAAUCAUUUAAUUUUAUACAAAGAAAAGUCCUAAAAUGAAAUCCGAAAACCAAGUCCCACUUCUCAAUCAUAAAGACAACCUAAUCACAAUGCCCAUUUCAGCUAUAUGGAAUAAUGUUAGUAGAAUCUGAUCGAUGAGAAUACCCCACAUAUCGAUAGGAACAUCAAUGUAGCUCUCGAUGAGGAUCUACUCAACUAUCUCCCCUACGGAUUAGUUCUCAUAGACACCAACCUUCAAGUCAUAAAGCACAACGAGAAAUUGAUGAGUUACUUGAUGAUAAAUCAAGCAGAUUAAAUUUUGAAUCAUUUAGAUUAAUUACUGUCCAAUGCCUAACUGAAUUCAAUAAAAUCUAGUCCGCAUACAAAGCACAAACCGCAUAUUGUUCCCUUGAGGAAAUUGAAAUAAAAUUCAGCCAGUCAAUAUUAAUAUAAUACUGGCAUCAAAUCUAAUAGCGCUAACUGGUUGUCGGAUAGGCUGAAGGUCAACAUCUAGAAUAAAGGGUCCUUCAAAUCGAGCAUCUAAGAAGCAGGAACCCAUUCCUAUAUUUAAUUUGUCAUGAGUGAAUUUUUAAAUAAAAGCUUCAUUAAGAUUAAUCCUUCAGAAAAUCUAUCCAUGGCAUCUGAUUAGACUCGCAUGUUUAAGUUUCAUGUAGUGAAAGAUCUCAAGGUCAGAAAGAAGCACUUUUAGAUUAAAGUUUAUGAAGUAAAACUAUAAACGAAAACAAAAGAUAUUGCAUUCCUAUUUAUAAUUGAAAAUAUUACAAAUAAAGAGGAGUUGAAGGAAUUGACUAGUAGAUUCAAAUUUCAAUAAGCAUUAUUGAAUUCAUUCAGUCAUGAAUUACGAACACCUUUAAAUAGUUCAUUACCUUUAUUGCAAAUUUUAAGUAAAAAAAUAGAUGAUACCCUCAAUGAUAACUACUUAUAGUUAGCAAUUGUCUCUUGUCGUAGAUUACUGUUUUAAAUAAACGACAUAUUAGAUUAUGCAUAAAUAGAAUGCGAGGAUUUUAAGUUGAAUUCAAACAAUUUUUUAGCAAGUGAUAUUUUUGAUGAUCUAAAAGAAUUAUUUUAAUAAGAAUGCUCAUAAAAAUAGAUUGAAUUAAUUCUAAAUUAUAAUUCUCAAAUAACAAUCUACAGUGACAAAUUAAGAAUAACCUAAAUUUUAGUUAACUUAUUAAACAAUUCAAUCAAAUUCACAAAGUAAGGAGGCAGAAUAGUUUUGUCUUUAAAAAAGAGAGUCUCUUAAUGCAUAUUUUCAGUGUGGGAUAAUGGUGAAGGAAUAUCCAAUGAAGAAAUGUUGACACUCUCAAAUUAAUCCAUGUACUAUUAAUUAGGAUCGAAUAAAAUGGGAUUGGGCUUGAGAGUUUCAAAAGGAAUAGCAAAGUUUUUAGGUGGAGAUGGCGAGUUGCAAAUAAAGAGUGAAAAAGGAUUUUACACAAUUGUUAGCUUUUCGAUAGAGGAGUCUGUCAGUACAAUGAUGAAAGAUGAGGAUUCAUCAAUACGGGACAUAGAGGAAUUAGGAUCUGACACGAAGAACUCAGCAUAAAGAGUAUAUAUAUCUUCAAGGAAAUUCCUGAAUCAUUGUGAAUGCAAUCAAAUUUUGAUUGUUGAUGAUGUACCUUUCAAUCAUAUCACUUUAAUUGCAUUACUUCAAAAUUAUGGAUACAAGGCAGAUAGUGCAUACGAUGGGGAUUCUGCAAUCAAGAAAGUGAGAUAGAGAUAGUAAAAUAUUUGUUGCAAAGCCUAUAAAAUAAUAUUUAUGGACAUUGAAAUGCCAGGGAAGAAUGGGUUUACUACUAGUAGUGAGAUUUCUAAACUAUUACAAAAUGAACGAUAAAAAUCCAUCAUUGUGAUGUGUUCUGCUUAUAAUGGGUUGGAAAAUGCAGAGUUAGCACAUUAGAGUGGAAUGAAUGAAAUAAUUUCGAAACCUAUUUCAUUGGAUUCUCUAUAAACACUUUUAGGGAAAUACUUUUGUUGA